UUCCCUGCCCCGAGUUCUCUCUUGCUCGCGCUCUCCGAGGCUGCAGCAGAUGGAGCCAGGAGGACCGAGGGAGAGCAGCGGGCGCUGAAGGCAGCUGUGCGAAGAGCGGAGGGGAGGAAAACAGAACAGGCAGAGAGAGAGAGAAAGAGAGAGAGGAGACGAAACUUUUCUCUCAGCUCUGCUCCGGCCGUUGCCUCGCUCGCUCCCUCGCGUUGCCCGUUCUGUGAGUCUGUGGGGGGAAAACAUUGGAGAUUCAGGGGCGCCACCACCGCUGGACAUGAAGGAAUCGCGGAGGGCAGCCACCCAGGAGCAGGGGGCAGACAGCGUUGCCGCCUCCUCCUCCUCACCGUUGGAGGGUCCGGAGAAGAAGCGGAAAACGCGGAAAGGCAAAGGGGCCCCCGGCAGAAGAGGGCCCCCUCGGGAGGAGAGUGGGCCAGCUGUGCCUCCUAAAUUGAAGGAGAUGAAAAGUCAAGAAUCUGCUGUGGGUCAGACACUAGUUUUGAGAUGUGAAGCCAGUACUGAGCACCUCUCUCUCAAAUUCAAAUGGUUAAAGAAUGGAAAAGAAAUAACAAAAAGAAACAGACCAGAAAAUGUCAAGAUUAAGAGCCCCAAAAAACAAAAAACAUUCUCAGAACUCCGCAUUACUAAAGCUUCGUUGGAUGAUGCUGGGGAAUAUACAUGUAAAGCAAGCAACAGAUUUGGAGAUGACAGCACUAAAGCUGAAGUAACUAUUGCAGACACCAGUGAACCCACGGGCAUGAUACCAGUUUUGACAAAAGGAGUAAAUGCAUCCUCACAACUCAUAGACAAGAUUUCUGCCUCUACUGAAGGAACAAAUACAUCUUCUACCACUUCUACAUCUACUACUGGGACAAGUCAUCUCACAAGAUGUGAUGUGGAUAAGAAAGGCUACUGUGUAAAUGGGGGUGAAUGCUUCAUGGUCAAAGAUCUUCCAAACCCAAGAUAUUUAUGCAAGUGCCCAAAUGAAUUUACUGGUGAUCGCUGUCAAAACUACGUAAUGGCCAGCUUCUACAAGCAUCUUGGGAUUGAAUUUAUGGAAGCUGAGGAACUCUACCAGAAAAGGGUGUUGACCAUAACUGGCAUCUGCAUUGCUCUCCUUGUUGUUGGCAUCAUGUGUGUUGUGGCAUACUGCAAAACCAAGAAGCAGCGGAAAAAGUUGCAUGACCGCCUCAGGCAAGGCCUUCGAUCAGAACGCAAUCACAGGGUCAACAUGGCAAAUGGGCCUCACCAUCCUCACCCACCGCCGGAGAAUGUCCAGCUGGUGAAUCAAUAUGUAUCUAAAAACAUAAUAUCCAGUGAACAUGCUGUUGAGAGAGAAACUGAGGCAUCUUUUUCUACAAGUCACUAUACCUCAACUACACAUCAUUCUACAACCGUCACUCAGACUCCCAGCCACAGUUGGAGUAAUGGUCGGACUGAAAGCAUAAUCUCUGAAAGUCAUUCAGCCCUUGUGUGCUCCUCAGUUGAGAACAGCCGCCAUGCAAGCCCCUCAGGACCUCGCGGUCGCCUCAAUGGCAUUGGUGGACCAAGAGAAUACAACAGUUUUCUCCGGCACGCACGAGAGACACCAGACUCUUACCGUGAUUCACCGCACAGUGAAAGGUACGUAUCUGCCAUGACCACGCCAGCUCGCAUGUCUCCUGUAGAUUUCCACACUCCAAGUUCUCCAAAAUCACCAGCUUCAGAAAUGUCACCGCAAGUCUCCAGUUUAACAAUGUCUGUCCCGUCUGUAGCUGUCAGUCCAUUUAUAGAAGAAGAGAGGCCUCUCCUGUUGGUGACCCCACCCAGGCUGCGGGAAAAAUACGAGCUUCACUUACAACAGUUCAAUUCUUCUUACCACCACAAUCCUGUCCAUGAAAGCAACAGCCUACCACCGAGUCCCAUGAGGAUAGUCGAGGACGAGGAAUACGAAACCACGCAGGAAUAUGAACCUACACAAGAGCCUCCAAAGAAACUGGUCAACAGUCGGAGGGCCAAAAGAACAAAGCCCAAUGGCCACAUUUCCACUCGAUUGGAAAUGAACACUGACACGAGUUGUGGGAACAGUAGCUCAGAGAGUGAGACAGAAGAUGAAAGGAUAGGUGAAGACACACCUUUUCUGAGCAUACAAAACCCUACAACCGCUGACCUAGAAUCAGCUGCUGCAUAUAGGCUCACUGACACUAGGACUAACCAAGCCAGCCGCUUCUCGACGCAGGAAGAAUAUCAAGCAAGAUUGUCUGGUGUAAUAGCUAACCAGGAUCCCAUCGCUGUAUAAAGGAGAAGGAAAAGAGAGAGAGAGGGAAAAAAAACACUUAAAAAAAAAACC